AUGUCUGCAGUACAUGGCCACUGCGAUCCCGCAUUUAGCAAGGUGCGGGGUCUCCUUGAACAAAAGAUCCUUUCAGAGGAAGAGCUGGGUGCCUCGCUCUUCGUCAACAUCGACGGCAGGGAUGUGAUUGAUGUAUGGGGCGGGUAUGCCGACCGGGCACGCUCCAAACCCUGGACAGCAGAUACAAUCGCAGUGGUGUGGUCCACCUCCAAAUGCAUCACCAAUUUGGCCGCCCUCCUGUUAAUCGAUCGGGGCCUGCUUGACCCCUCCGCUCGCGUAUCUCAAUACUGGCCCGAGUUCGCGGCUAACGGCAAGGAGAAUGUCCAAGUCUGGCAUGUUUUGACCCAUUCUGCCGGUCUGCCUGCGUGGGAGAAACCGAUAACCAUCGACGAGGUGUACGAUGUUCCUCAGGCGAAUGCGCGACUCGCGGCGGAAGCACUCUGGUGGACACCCGGCACUGCCACCGGCUAUCAUGCUAUUACGCAGGGACACAUAAUCAGCGAGCUCCUGUUACGCAUCACCGGGAAGAGGGCCAAGGAGUUCAUUGCGGAAGAACUGGCUCGGCCACUCAAUGCCGACUUCCAGCUCGGCGUGCGGGAGCAAGACCGAUCUCGUGUGGCAGAGAUCAUCUCCCCACCACCGUUUGUUCCCCCAGCAGAUUUCGACCCAAACAGCCUGGGAGCGCGCGCACUUACUUCGCCUCUCAUGCGCGCCGAGUUGGCCGAGAGCCCUGCGUUCCUGGACGCAGAGAUGUCAUCUGGGAAUGGCUUUGGGACUGCCAAGGGCAUAGCGCGAAUCCUCUCUACGAUAUCGUUGGGUGGGGUAGUCGAUGGGCAACGGCUGCUCAGCCCGGAGACGGUCAGACUAGCGGUCACCGAGCAGAUCCGCGGAACGGAUCUUGUGUUGGGAAAACAGGUCAGAUUUGGAAUGGGGUUUGGGCUUCGCGUGGAAAGUGGAAUGUCGUGGAUCCGCGAGGGCAGCUGCUACUGGGGCGGCUGGGGCGGUUCGAUCGCGAUUAUGGAUGUGGAGAACCGAAUCACCAUCUGCUAUGUUCCGUCUCGCAUGGAGAACGCGGGCCCCACCGGGGAUGCUCGGAUCGAGUCCUAUGUCAAAGCGAUUUACGAAAUCAUCGGGAGAUAA